CUGCGACGAGUGACGUUGUAGAAGUACUACUGGGUGUUGUCGUGAUCGCUCGGCUACAUGCCAUGUAUCAGCAAUCCAGAAAGGUACUAAUAUUUCUCGUUGUCAUCUUUCUGGCCAUCAGAAUCGCCAACGCAGGUAUGAUCGGAAUAAUGAUGACACAGACUUCAGCGGAGGAAUUUGUUCUCUCGGGCACCUAUCAGUGCAACAUUACCUAUGCAGGAAAUUCCAUAUUUCUGAUUUCUAUGACUUGGAUACUUGGUAUCGUAUGGGAGGUCCUUGCCCUGUGUUUCGCGAUCUGGAUUGCCGUGAAUGCUAGUUUUUUUGCCAACGCUUGCUUCCAAAUCGCUUUUCUCUCUCCAACGCUCUCUGCGGUACGCCGGUCUGUCACUGACCUCUACGUGUGCCCACGAUUCAUCAAUUCUAUAGUACAUCUAUUCCCUGAACACUCAGAUUUAUUUUGGUGUCACUGAAAUCAUCGAGAUGGCGCAGCUGUGUGUGCUGGGACCACGCCUCAUUCUUAGCGUUCGAGAAUAUCAUGCAAAACUCGUGGCCGACUCCGAUACAUCAAGCGCUAUGACUUCAAUCGUUUUCCAGGAACGUGUUUAUGUGGAAACUAGCAGAAACGUGUAG